GUCGGAGCCUAUACCGAGCGCGCGCGCGUCCUCGUCGGCGACCUCGAGCGGUCCGCGGGUGCAAUGUGAAUCGCAGUGCGGGGCAAAGGACCGGUCGGUUGGAGUUGCGGUGAAGUGCAGCGCAGUGCGGGGCAGCGCCAUGCCGGGCCCCGCAGCCGCCCCGGGCGCCGCGGGCGAGCUGUGACCAGGGCACCAUGGCCUGAUGGAGGCGCGCGACGGGAGGCCGCGCGGCGAGACCGACGCCCGGGGCCAGCAGGCUCGCGAGGAGGCUCAUGGGGAGCGGCAGGAGCGGCAGGAGCGGCAGGAGCAGCAGGAGCCACAGCAGCAGCAGGAGGGGCGCCACCGGCAGCAGGAGGAGCAGGGCCCGGCCCGCGGGCCGUGGGGCGACCCCUCGUCCGGAUGGCUCUUCCACGCCCCUGGGCCCUGGCCGGCCGCCCGGCGCGGCCCCAGCAGCGAGCGCUUUGGCAUCUUCAGGGACUCGGGCAGGUCCAGGAUGGCUCAUGCGGGCGGGCCGUCCCGCAGCGCAAAGGGCGCCCGCCGCCAUGCCACACGCUGGGCUGUGAUCGCCGCCAUGACCGCCAUGCUCACUCUCUUCGUCUGUCUCCUCUUGGUGGAUUUCACUCGGAGCGAACCGGUCUCCAGAGUAGCUGUGAACGCGACUUCUCACACGGAGGACGAGGCCGGGCUGGCUGCGGGGGCGGAGGUACCCGGGCGGGACCAGGGCCACGGGCAGGGCGGGCGGCAGGGCCGCGAGGACACCGCCACGGUCGCACCCAACCACCGCUACCCCCACCACUUCUCGCACCGGCAUCUCCUCCUGCCGCCUAGGCUCCACCACGGCCGCUCCCUCAAGACUCAUCAGACCACAGGCGGCGCCCAGCCCACCCUAGACGAGAGGUGGGAGGACCGCUCCGAAAAACCGCUCGAGGACGAGCAGUACGACGACGACGAGGAGGAUGAUGACGACGACGCAUACACGGAGGCCUUCUCGCACUCCGCGGUUGGGCGUGCGUACCGGUCAUUGCACCUCGGCGACGGCGCCGAGGAUGAGGAAGUCCUGGACUCCGCGAUGCCAGGACACGAGGAGAAUGUUCCGCCAGGACACGGGGGUGGCGCGUUCGACACUUCGGAGCGCGACGACAACACACCGGAGGACAUAUCCGGGGACUCAACUUUGAGCCUCGGCGGGGAAGCCACAGCGGCUGAUGACGUUGGCGACUCCGCCACUCGCGAUAGUGCGAAACCGAAACCUUUUCAACCUCCGGGCGAGGCCUUGUUGCGGUCGCUCGCCACGCUGACUGCAGGAACCUCGCACCCGGACGAGCAGAUGAAGCUGCACCCCAGCGGGGACGCAGACGAACUCCACGAGUACCCCGCCGCACCCGCGGCGAGGAAGCUGGUCCUCGAACGCCCACUGGAGGCCGAGCCAACGGCGCAGGCGCCCACGCCCGCCGAGGAUAGGUCUGACGAGGGGCACGGCGAGCUAGCAGUUGCUCUCCCUUACCAGGGCUCGCUCGACAUGCGGUGGCCGGGUGCGCUCCCUGAUGAGCGCGACCGCGACCGGGAGCGCUGGGCCGAGCUUGUGAGGAUGCAGCAACAGGGUGCCACCGCAAGAAAAAGCGCACACCACCGACAGGACGCACAGCGCAAGAACUUUUUCGCGGAGCUCGGCACCAUUCAGGGCGAACAGUUCAUGCUGCCGCACUACCCUCAGGUGCAGGACAACCUCGGCCCGGUGCUGUUCCCCUCCAGCAGCAAGCAGCAGAGCGACACUGCCCCGGCGCCGCACUUUGUACCCAAAAAGCUGAUGAAGAUGAUGGGGGGCACCAGGCCGUGGCCAGCAUACCAGUCGCACCCAAGCCAGAACCAGUACCUCGUCGUAAACAACAAGGGGGUCGUGAUCCCACACAGCGUUAACUUUCCAGACAUCGUUAAGACGGCAAACUACCCUCAGCUGCAGAACUAUCGCAACCAGCAGAGCAGCAGAAACAUCCAGGACAUCCUGAACUACCUCAAGGGUGGAAAGAGGCGCCCUAGCUCGUGGAACGCUGCCGCAUUGAAGAAAGCCGCAAAGGUAUCGGGCAUGUAUUCGACCUCGCCGUCUUCACAACUUUCGGACUACGAUAUGCUUUCCUAUCCGAGACCCGAGCCCUACGUGAAGGACCUAGUGAGCUCCGCCGAGGCCUCCGACAAGCCCGACUUCUACAACGGGCACGCCUACAUCGCUGACCCAUUCCACCCGUACAAGCCCUCGGACCCGACCGAGAUCAAUCAGAUGGCCUCCACUUUGGACUCUGACACCUCGGCGUCGAUGAGCUCGGAGCGUAUGCGCCACCCAGUCUUUGUAGACGAGGUCGGAGAGCCUUUCGCACCGAGGCCACCGCCGUUCGCAUUCCCGGGACGAUACGGCAGAUACAGGCACCCCUUCCUACAGGCGGGCGCAGGUGCAGCGCAAUACACUGAGGCCACUUUCAAGCCCCUGGGCGGCGAGGUGCCGGUGGCGGCCUCGGACACAAUGGGCGUGGUACGGGCCGGCAGCACCGAUGGCACCAGCGUCACCAGCGGCAAGUCCGUUCCUCCCCUCAGCAUUAUGCUCGAGAUCUUCCCCAUGGGCGAGGCAAAGACCAAGGAGGGUGCGGCCACUGUCAUGUGGAACAACUUCCCGGUGGCGGCGCUGAGGCCUGUCAUCAGGAGGCCGCCCAGUUCCCCUACACAGGGUCUCGGCGCGCAGGGGACCCAGAGCAUUGCCAGCAGCAUUGGCAGCAGCAUUGGCAGCGCGCUGCAGCAGGCAGAGGCGUCCUUGCGAAGGCCACAGAUCAGCCUCCCAGUCGAAGGGGCCGCCUCCUCGCACGCGACGACGUCGACCAGGUUCCCCGUUCUCAUGCAGGGGCAGCUCUCCGCAGGCCAAGGCCAGCCCGCCUUUGGAGUGACUCUCUCUGGUGUUCAAGGCCUCCAGAAUCUGGCUGGUCUGCCCAUGAUGGACUCCAAGCACCGCAUGGUAGUACAUCUGAAUUUCUACCCCAAGAAAACUGUUAAAAUGCCCAUGAGGUUCAGGGAACUCGGUGGUGGGGAUAACAUCGGGGCCGGCGCAUCCUUCAUCCCUGGAGGGACCUUCUCGCAAAGGCGGCAAUCCGCCCACGGCGCCGUCGAGGAGGCCGACCCCGCCGGGUCCAUCGCCGUGGACGUGGCGCCGCUGCUGCGCUCGCUGCCCCCCGACAUGCAAAGCCACCUGGCCGCCAUCCUGCAGACGUACGAGCGAGCCACGGCCCUGGGCUCUGCCAGAGACGACCAGGACGACGUCAGCUCCGUCGAGGAGUCCGACGAGGACUACCUCGACGACAACGCGGGCGGCAGCGGCGAGAGCACGCUGUUCAGCAAGCGGCAGCAGCACUCGCUGUCCGCGGGCGCCGUCGACGCCGAACCCUCGCCCAGCGGGGGCGGCAGCAGCUCGGAGGAGGACGCGCGCGUCGCAGGGUCCCCCAUGGCGCACUGGCUGCUGGGCCGUGAGCGGCCGUGGCCCAGCCAGUCAGCGGCUGAGCACAGCAAGAAAUCGUCGACGGCCACCCUCCCAGCUCCGCCACAGGCGGCCGUGCCAAAGGACCGUUCGCAGCAGGGCUCGUACUUCGACGUGCAGGACGACGAGAUGGACCUCAUGGACAAGAGUCGGCCUGGCGAAAUCGACCAAUCCUUAGAGCACGUGGCCGACGACGAGGUCUCCCCAGCCAAGGCAACCGACCGAGUUCUCCAAGACAUAGAGACGUCCCUCUCGCCCCAGGAGCGCCUUCUUCUCUGGAGGCACUGGAAGGAGAUGCAGGCCCUGCAGCGACGGGAGCAGCAUCAGCUGCAGCAGCUGCAGCAGCAGCUGCAGCAGAGGGACGACCAGAGGAAGAGGAAGAAACAAUUACAAAGAACCCAGAGGAUGGACUCGACCGAGGACACAUCAGCUGAAGAGACGAGUGUUGAACGAACUGUGCCUAAAAAUCAUCGCCUCGACUGAUUUCACUUGCCGUACUUAUAAAUAAGAUACUCGAGGAUUUAUUACCACCCUGCAAGACCAAGAGAUGGUUUUAUUGGCCGGUCCCGUUGGCCUUGCCGGGUGUUGAGUUCCAGAGUAGAGUUCCAAAGUACCAGCGAAUGUACCCUUUCUCUGUGUCG